ACAGUCGUCACCUGCAGGUAUACACAGACCAUAAUAUAUUCCGUGUGUAAGAAAAAGGAUCACGACAUUUGUUUCACUUCCACUUUAUACUUGCCCGAAUUGUACUGUUCAAUUGCCUAUUAUAUCGUUCAGAAUAUCAAUUUGGUGCUUACGCCGCUAGUUCCGAAAUUAAUUUGGAUCGUCGUAUUUGAUUUUGGUCAGGAAUUUGCAGCUGACAGCAUUAUUAACCGUGUAACUCCAACGAUCAAAGCUAGCCGCUGACUAACUCGACUACACGUAGCUAUUAUAGAUCGUACUGAUUAGAGAAAAAACAGAGCCGUUGAUAACACGCCGCGGUAGUGAUAAAGGGUGUACGGACUGGUAGGAAUAUCGCGCCUAUUCAUCCAGCGGUAAAAUCACAAUUCACAUUUCACAUUUCACAGACAAUAACAAUUGUAGUCUUCACACAAGUGUCAAAGUGACUAUUGGCAAAGUAAAAAAAUGGAAUAACACAGCUUUAAAAUGGGUACACCAGAAAAUAGUGAGAGUCGAAAUUUUCCCUACACUUUGGGUGACCACGUGUGGUUUUCAGCGGAUAAAACAGGUGAAUUUGAAAUACCAUGGGGAGGCAAGAUCGUCGCCAUCAACAAGCACCAGGUCAUGGUGGAGCACGAUGCUGGAAAGGUUCCCAUGAAAAUAACGAUGAGUCAGAUCAUCAAACCAAUGCAUGCGUCCUCCGUAUCUGGAGUCGAGGACAUGAUUGAAUUGGGAGAUCUACAAGAGUAUGCUAUCCUCAAGAAUUUACACGCCCGUUACAAUAAGAACCUUAUCUACACGUAUACCGGGAAUCUGUUGGUCGCAGUAAACCCCUACCAGGUCUUGAAUAUUUAUACGAAUCAAGAAAUUGAGAUGUUCAGAGGUAAAAAGUUGGGUGAAAUGCCACCUCAUAUUUUUGCCAUCGGCGACAACUCUUUCUCGCAGAUGAAAGAAUCUGGAGAUGAUCAGUGCAUCGUUAUCAGCGGAGAAAGUGGUGCAGGAAAAACAGAAAGUACCAAAUUAAUUCUUCAAUAUUUGGCGGCCAUAAGUGGAAGGCAUUCUUGGAUAGAGCAGCAAAUUCUUCAAGCCAAUCCAAUUCUUGAGGCAUUUGGAAACGCGAAGACCGUUCGCAACGACAAUUCAUCUCGUUUUGGGAAAUACAUCGACAUCAAUUUUAACAAGAAGGGUGUCAUCGAGGGCGCUCGUAUCGAACAAUACCUGUUAGAAAAAUGCCGAAUUGUAUCACAGGCAAAAGGCGAGCGUAACUACCACAUUUUCUACUCGAUUUUGGCCGGCCUAUCGAAAGAGGAAAAACAGAAAUUAGAUCUCUUCGACGGAGCGAAAUACCAAUACUUAGUUGAGGGAACGAAAAUCAUUUGCGAGGGUCGAGUGGAUGCCGAAGACUUUUUGGAGGUACGGGCUGCUAUGAAAGUCUUGACUUUCGACGACGAUGAAUUUUGGAACAUCAUGACAAUACUUGCUGGCAUAUUGCACAUUGGGAACAUUACUUACAAGCCCGUAACAGUUGCGAAUAUGGAUGCCACGGAGAUUACGGAUAUGAAAAAUUUAAAAAGAGUCGCAAAAAUUCUUGGUGUAUCGGAACAAGGUGUUAUUGAUGCUUUUACAAAGAAAACAAUAUUUGCACAUGGCGAACGAGUGGUAAGCAAUUUAUCGAAAGAUCAAGCCACUGAAAUGCGAGAUUCGUUCGUAAAGGCGAUUUACGGCCGGCUAUUUAUCAUGAUCGUUGACAAAAUCAAUGACACGAUAUUCAAACCAAAAGUAUACACAAAAAACUCUAUCGGUGUUUUGGAUAUAUUUGGAUUCGAGAAUUUUGACAGCAACAGUUUCGAGCAGCUUUGCAUAAAUUACACGAACGAACAUCUCCAACAAUUCUUCGUUCAGCAUAUAUUCAAAAUGGAACAGCAGGACUACAGCAACGAGGGUAUUUCUUGGCAGCAUAUCGAAUUCGUCGAUAAUCAAGUUGUGUUGGAUUUGAUUGGGACGAAAGCGGUCAACAUCAUGGCACUCAUAGACGAAGAAAGCAAAUUCCCGAAGGGAACGGACAAGACAAUGCUGGCCAAAGUGCAUCAAGUGCACGGAAAGAACGCUUACUACGUCAAACCGAAAUCGGACACCAUAGAAUCAUUCGGUAUAAAACACUACGCAGGCACGGUUCUUUACCAGGUUGCUGGUUUCCUCGAAAAGAAUCGAGACACUUUCUCCACCGAUAUGAUUCAGCUGGUCUCCAUAUCGCAGAACACGUUCCUCAAGUCUCUCUUCACUGACGAGUUGUCGGGGACCGAACGGGACGGAAAGAAAAGAUGGCCAACCCUGUCCUCCGAGUUUCGAAGCUCGUUGGAAUUGCUGAUGAGAACUCUGGGGAGCUGCCAUCCGUACUUUGUCAGAUGCAUAAAACCGAAUGAAGAGAAAAAGCCUCUGUUGUUCGAUCGCGCUCUAUGCUGCCGUCAACUGCGAUAUUCGGGCAUGAUGGAAACCGCAAAGAUUCGUCGUGCAGGAUAUCCUAUCCGAUACAACUUCGUGGAGUUCGUGAAUCGAUUCCGACACCUUGCUCCCGGAAUCCCACCAUCUCACAAGGUAGAUGUGAGAGAAGCUGCUAAACAAAUUUGUAUGAACACCCUCGGCAAGAGUGACAUGGAGUACCAGAUUGGACACACAAAGGUUUUCCUCAAGGACCAACAGGAUGUCUUUCUGGAACAGGAAAGGAGUCGAGUGCUAGCUAAAUACAUUUUAAUCAUUCAAAGAAACAUUAGAAAAUGGAUAUGCAGAAGAAGAUAUUUGAGAUUGAAGAACGGGACUAUUCUAAUGCAGAGAGUACAUCGUGGCAAUGUCGUCCGGAAGCGGUACACUAUCAUACGUACCGGUUAUCUACGCCUGCAGGCUCAAAUUCGAUCUCGACAGUUAACGCAUGCCUUCAAACUCAAGAGGAAAUACAUCAUACGUAUUCAGGCAACGUGCCGUGGUUACCUCGUCCGAAAACUGUGCAUCGAGAAAUCUCAGUGGAGAAAGAAACGUGCUCUGGAACUGGAAGGCAUCCGCAAGGAGGAAGAAUCGCAGCUAAAGGCAUCGGGAAACAAGCAGUACAAGGAAAUAGCGGAUGUCAAUCAUCAACAACGUCUUGUAGAACUCCAGAAAGAAUUAGCCACUUUUGAAAAGAUAGAUCCCGAAUCAGUAAAAGAGCCUGAUCCGGUUGGGGAAAACAACAUCGACAACAUCUUCGAAUUUCUUGAAAAAGAACCUAGACAUUCCGUUUCUAAGAAGCCAACUGGGGAAAUAUUCGGUGAUCUCGUAAAAACGAAAGCAGAGAGCAACGAGGAUAAUGAUGUUAUCGAAAUUCCCGAAGACGACGAGGAAGAGCAAGAGGAUCUCACCGAGUACCAAUUCCGAAAAUUUGCAGCCACCUACUUUACAGCCAGUAUCCUUCCACAGUACUCUAAGAGGCCCUUGAAGCAUUCUCUGUUGGACCUUCCGUUUCCACACGACCAAUUAGCUGCCCAAGCACUAUGGAUAACUAUUCUGCGGUUCAUGGGAGACCUCCCAGAGCCAAGAAACGCUACGGAGAUCGUCGAUAACAAACCGGUCAUGAAUACCGUAUCGGAAACGUUGAGGAAGGGUUGGAGCAAGAGCAAAGAAUAUCAAGAUCUCUACAGAAAUGGAGAAAGAAAGCUGAUUCACAUGACCCUAAAGAAACAGAACAAACUCAACGAAGAUAUUAGAAAAGGUAUCGUCAACGAUGAAUAUGGUAACCAAGAGUAUCAAUUGUGGCUGCAACGCAGAAGCACAAACCUUGAGAAGCUGCACUUCAUCAUAGGCCACGGAAUCCUACGACCUGAACUACGAGACGAAAUCUACUGUCAAAUUGUUAAGCAACUAAUCAACAACCCGACCAAAGCCUCUCAUGCCAGAGGUUGGAUCUUGCUUUCGCUCUGCAUCGGAUGUUUCGCACCAUCUGACAAAUUUAUCAAUUACUUACGAGCAUUCAUUCACAUCGGACCCCCGGGAUACGCUCCUUACUGUAACAAGCGUUUGGUAAGGACGUACCGAAACGGGACGAGAACUCAGCCUCCCAGCUGGAUUGAACUCCAGACAACCAAACUCAGGAAGCCGAUUCUGCUGACGAUCACUUUCAUGGACGGAAACUCGAAGGUUAUUGAAGCUGACUCCGCAAGCACUGCAGAAGAAGUCAUAAACACCAUAGCAAAGAGCGUUACUCUCAAAGAUACCUUCGGUUUCUCACUAUUCGUCACUCUGUAUGACAAAGUGUUAUCCCUAGGGGCUGGAAAGGAUCAUGUAAUGGACGCAAUAUCGCAAUGUGAACAAUACGCCAAAGAACAGGGACAACCGGAGCGAAGCGCACCUUGGAGGCUGUUCUUCAGAAAGGAGAUAUUUGCACCUUGGCACGAUCCAGGUCUAGACAAAGUUGCCACCAACCUCAUUUACCAUCAAAUUGUUCGGGGUGUUAAGUACGGAGAGUACAGAUGCAGCAGUGAAGGUGACAUCGCGAUGUUGGUUGCCCAACAGCUUUACAUUGACCAUCAGAAGAAUUUCACUAAUGAAAACGUGAAGACAGCUCUGCCUAUAUAUAUACCAAAUCACCUACUUCAAGGAGAGCAUGUCUUACCAAAAUGGGAAAAACUGGUCAUCGAUGCUUUCAAUAAGAAUCUCAACGUCAUUGAAGCGGUACCAACAAUUCAUGCAAAGGAAGACGUCGUCAUGUUCGCAAAAUUGACUUGGCCUAUUCUUUUCUCACGAUUCUACGAAGCAAAGCGCGUUUCUGGGCCAGAACUGCCACAGGACAACAUCAUUAUCGCAGUCAACUGGACUGGCGUAUAUUUUGUGGAUAAUCAAGAACAAAUGCUUCUAGAAUUAUCUUAUCCUGAAAUAUCUGAGAUUUCAUUUCAAAAAAUCAACGGAAGUUCGAUAGAAAACUUGGUAUUAGCUACCAUUCAAAGAGAAGAGUUCAUCUUCCAAAGUGCUGAUGCUGAAGAUCUUGCCAACCUAGUCAACUUCCUGAUUGACGGGCUCAAGGAAAAAUCACAAUAUGUCGUUGCCACGCAAGAUUACAAUAGUACAAACGAAACACAAUCCUUUUUACCCCUGAAAAAAGGAGAUCUGAUAAAGUUGACUGGUGGUUGUAACGGUUACACUAUCAUGACUUCACCUUGGGGCUACGGCGAAUGCCGCGGAUCACAGGGAGACUUCCCGUCAGAAUACGUCUACGUCUUACCAACACUUAACAAACCUACGGAAUCUAUAAUUGAUAUCUUCAAGACAGACUUUACCGGAGAUGAAUACAGCCACAGGCAUCAAACGUACGCGUCGUUGCCACGUACAAAGAAACAUACCCUGAUGAAAUUUGCUAGCGAGCAUUUCAGAGAAAGCUACAAUGUUCCCAUCCCGCGUAGUGAGACUGGAGCUAUUUCCACUGCUCGACGAAGUGCGCCAGAAGUUCUCUGGAAACACACGAGAGAACCAAUGAAGGCACCGCUGUUGGCCAAACUUGGAGAAAGAACUGACGUCGCGCAGGAGGCCAUUGGAAUAUUUACAAAUAUCUUGAAGUAUAUGGGAGAUCCACCAAGUCACAGGCAACGCAUCGGAACAGAAUAUACGAACCAGAUAUUCCGCGCGCCUCUGGAACACGAACCUCUACGCGACGAAGUCUAUUGCCAAUUAAUGAGGCAGGUGACCGAAAACCGUAUACGGCUUAGUGAAGAACGUGGCUGGGAACUAAUGUGGCUGGCUACUGGAGUCAUGACUUGCAGUGGCCCGGUUCACAGGGAACUCACUCAAUUCUUAUCCUCUCAAAAGAAUCCAAUGGCCACCGAAUGUCUUAACAGGAUAAACAGGACAAUGAAGAGCGGAAAUAGAAAAUACCCACCAUACCUUUUGGAAGUGGAAGCAAUCCGAUUUAAGAGUAUGCACAUAUUCCACAAGGUGUACUUCCCUGAUGAUAGCGACGAGGCCUUCGAGGUUCACUCCUCUACCAGGGCAAUAGACAUCUGCAAUGAUAUUGCUGACAGAUUGAAAUUGAAGAGUAGCGACGGUUUCAGUCUGAUCGUCAAGAUUACGGACAAGGUCUUUUCUGUGCCGGAAAACUACUUCUUCUUCGAUUUUGUCCAUGAGUUGACUGAGUGGAUGAAACAGUCAAGACCCUCGCGAUCUACGGCGCCGAUACAAGUUCAGUAUCAAAUAUUCUUCAUGAAGAAGCUCUGGACAAACGCUGUACCAGGCCGAGACAGAAACGCAGAUACCAUUUUCUACUAUCACCAGGAGAUGCCGAAGCUAUUAAGGGGCUACCACAAGUGCGACAAACUUGACGCUAUUAAACUUGCCGCGCUCAUCUACAGAAGCAAGUAUGGCGAUAGCCGGACGGAACUUCAAGAAAUCUCGCAAAAACUUCGAGAAUACAUUCCUUGUGACCUUCUGAAGCUGCUCAGUCCAAGUGAUUGGAAGAAGUACAUCGUUACAAGUUACAGUCAACAGUCAGGUAUGAGUGCAGACGAUGCUAAGAUACAAUUCCUGCAAAUCAUUUACGAGUGGCCCACUUUUGGAUCGGCGUUCUUUGAAGUCAAGCAAACAACGGAACCAAAUUUCCCCCAGUUCGUUAUUAUUGCUAUAAACAAAUCGGGUGUAAACGUAAUACAUCCUCAGUCGAAGGAUAUCUUGGCUGUAUAUCCGUUCACAGAACUGUCUAAUUGGUCGUCUGGAAAUACUUACUUCCACAUGGCUAUCGGCAACUUUAUGAAAGGCUCAAAACUGCUCUGUGAAACGGCGUUAGGAUAUAAAAUGGACGAUCUAAUCUCAUCCUACAUAAAUUAUAUGCGCAAUAAUCAAGAAAAACAGCGUACUAAUCUGUUAGACUUUGACACCAUAUUGUGAUACCUUUGCGAACGUCGGGCCCAACAUGAAUUUCCACUUUAAAGAAUGGCGGCACUGAGUUACGGGGCAUCUCAUACUUAGGUAAGGAAAAUAUUAUUGGUACAUCAAAAUAAUAAAGCGCAGCUUGUACAUUAAAAA